AUGUUGUCUAGCGCCUUCCGCGUUCCCCACGCUUCGCCCCACCGUCGCCCGCGCUUCCUCCCGCUGUCGCUCACACUUCACUCCGUCGUUGCCCACGCUACCCCUCCCGUCACCCACCUUCACCGUCGUCCACGUUUUCCCCCUGUCGCUUUUCUCCCACCCACCGUCGCCCUCGCUUCCCAUCUCAUCGCCCACGCUUCCUCCCACCGUCGCCCUCGCUUCCUCCCACCGUCGCCCUCGCUUCCUCCCACCGUCGCCCACGCUCCCUCCCACCGUCGCCCUCGUUUCCUCCCACCGUCGCCCUCGCUUCCUCCCACCGUCGCCCUCGCUUCCUUCCACCGUCGCCCUCGCUUCCUCCCACCGUCGCCCUCGCUUCCUCCCACCGUCGCCCUCGCUUCCUCCCACCGUCGCCCUCGCUUCCUCCCACCGUCGCCCUCGCUUCCUCCCACCCUCCCCUACACUCCGCCGCCGUCAUCUCUUCCCUGCCUAUCACGGUCAUCGUUGCUUCCCUUCCCCAUUGCCUCAUUAGGUCGCACUCGCUCUAUCCCCCUCUUCCACCUUUUCCACUUCCACUGUUGUCCUUGGUUACCACCCCACCCUUGCACCCUUCUUUCCUUCUCUCACAUUCUCCUUUCCCCCUGCCUCACACCCACCCUGGGCGCAGAGAGAUGGCGGGCUGGGCUGGGCACUGGCCCCAUGGCAGCACAGCACCUCUCUCUCGCACCAACCCCGCACACAUGGCAGGUGCGGCUGCAGCAUUGGAGCAGAGUGCUUGGCGCACAGCCGGGGCAGCACGUGCAGGCGGGCAGUGAGGAGCGUCGUCCUCUCCUACUCCCUUCCUCUCUUCCUCUCUUCCACCCUCUUCCCUACUCUCUGCUUCAGUGUCUUUCCCCCCUCUCUUUCCCCUUUCCUCCCUCCCUUCAUCCCAUCCUCUCUUCCACCCUUCCUCCUUGUCUCCCUUGCUCAUUUUCUCCCUCGGUGCAGUCCUUGUUCUCUGCAUCCCUCUCUGCCAUCCUCCCUUUCUCUCAGCCUCCUCACUUUCUCUCGUCAACCAUUCCUCUGCACCCUCCUACCCUGCCGCGCCUGUACACUCCUACCCUGUUUGCCAUGCAUCCACUUGUGAUGCCUUUGCUGUUUGAUGAUAGUGGUACCGUAUGA